UUUCGUUACUUUAACAUCUUUUCAGCACAAGAUGUUUGUCCACAAGCAAUCAGGGACACAUCAAGUUAUUGUUGGUCCAUCCAUACUGCAUAUGACCAAAGAAUUCGAAGACUACCACUUCCUCGCUAGUCAGCUUAAGAUUCGUUGUGAAAAGUUUGAAUCACUAACAGCGUUUGGAUCAGACGGUGAAAUUAACAUUGCAAACGCGUUUGUUUGCAAACUGCCGCAUGCUAUCCAUCUUCGAUGUAAGAUUCACCUUUCAGAUAACAUAGAGAGAAAGCUUGUAUCCUUGUCGUUUGAUAAAAAUGCUCAACGAAAGAUUGUCAACACUAUUUUUGGACAGCGGACCGAUGACAAGUUCGUUAUGGCACUUGCUGAUGCAAAAACACCAGAAGAGUUUGACAAAAUGCUGGAAGACCUUGAACCCAAGUGUAAGGAAGUGGAGAUCAGCCAACAUCCAGGGAAUCCUGAAUUCUUUGCCUGUUUCAAAGAUCAUCUUGCUACGGUGAUGAAAGAAAAUGUUAUUGCACGUGUCCGACAAAGUGCUGGUCUCGGAUCCCCUCCCGAAUUCUACACCCAAAAUGCAUCAGAAUGCGUCAACAGCGUGGUAAAAAGAAAUGCUGGAGGGAAGAAAGAGUGGUCGCAUUUCUGUCUUUCUCUCGAAGAUACGGCCAAAAGUCAACAAGAAGAAUUACAAAAGGCUGUCUACGGCAUGGGUGAAUAUCGUCUAAGCAAAGAUUUUCAACACUUAGCGAAAAAACUGAAUCAGUGGGUUGAAAUGAGUGCCGCGCAACGCAACACGCACAUGAAACGGUGUUUUGUUGCGGAUCUAGAUACCAUCGGUAAAGCAGAUGAUGCUAUUGUUCAUUCAGUUCUGUCCGAAGAUACUCGUGGUAAAUUAUCGAUUGGUUAUGACGAAUGCUCCAUUUCGACUUUGUCCCGCACAAAUCUGAGAAAAAUCUGGUCUUCUGCUUCGCUGAUACUGAGCCAAGUCCAGGGUGUGUUUCAUGUUCCAUGGGACAAGUCGGGAACCCAGCGACUGGUGUUCGAUGGUGAAAAUUGCCCUCCAUGCCCAGUGCAGGUAAAGGAUGCUGGAAUAAUACAUUGUUCCUGUCCAAAGUUCAAGUCGGCAAAGAUUUGCUCCCACUCUUUAGCAGUUGCUGAAGACGAAUUUUGUUUACGAGAGUUUUUAGCUGUGGUCUGUAAGAAUAGAAAGGAACCCGAUCCAUAUGCAUUAGUAGAGGGGAAUUUGCCAAAGUCAUCUGGAAAGAAACCAAGUUCAACCAAAAGAAAAGGAAAAUCCAACGAAAAGAGGGUUCCAUUGAUGGAAAUUCAACCUGACCCAUCAACACAGCAACAAACAAAAUCUGUCCAUAAUGAAUCACUUGCAGUUUCUGCUCUUUUAUCGCUUUCAAAUGCCACUCGGUUGCACCAUGACGACGAUACUUUUGGUCUAAAGCAUUUGGAAGGCACACAAGUAAGGAUGUGCUAUGGUUGUGGCCAAGCCGUUCGGAUCCCACCAGCUGUUCCAGCACCUCCCCAUGAUGUAUGUAUAGUGAAGAAAGAGUUCAGGUCCUACAGGGCACCACAUGGUUCGUUAAAAGUAUCCAACGUACCUCAGAACUGUCAUUAUCAUUUAAAACGGUCAUGUGUUGAAAGGAAACAUCCAGAGUUUUUGCCUUCUGCCUUAAAGGUUCCUGCCUUGCUGCAGCCUAAAAUGAAUACUUUUCACCAGGACUGGAUAAGGAAGGAAUUUGGCAUAAUGUUGCUAAUUUAAAUACUGUUUAUGGCAUUGCAGUCACCACUAUGAACCAUAUAUGUAACAGCUAGGAAUUGUCUACUCACAUUCAGAGGCAUACAAAUAUUUGACAACUUCAAUUCACAUUUGUUCGAUUUGAGUUAAAGUUAGUUCUUAUUCGAUAAACGACUAUACCAAUUUGGAGACUUGUGCGUAGGUUAUUAGAAUUUAAUCAAUGCAAUGGUUGGUAUCAAAUUAAUUCAUAAUGUCAGGUGUCAUCUUGGUUGAUUCUACAAAAUUUACAUCAGCUAUUAAAGAAAACAGAGUUGAUUUACUUUUUCUUUGUUUGUCAAUAAAUUGAAAGUGCCUGUCCAAAGUACAGCAACAAUGGCAAAUAUUAUUUGUGCACAUGUUUUGAAAAGUCAACCAAGAUGGUGGCAGCAGCUAGAUGAUUUCCCUUAUUAAGAAUUAGUAGCGCUUUGCAUCAUGGUUAUUGUAGUAUCAUUGAUAGUCAAGCCACCUUAUUUUUUCGCCGACCUGUGCAACAGCAUUUGAGAAAGUAAGGCCAGGUGUAUAUGCGAUGACCAACAGCACAAUCUUUACAAAAACAUUCAAUAUUGUCAUUCGAGGCUAUCUGAAUGUCAGUGAUACUACCAACAUGAUGCAUUAAAGUGCUACGAAUUCUUAAAGGGCAGUCGUCUGUUGCAAAGUAGUGGACAUACAGAAUUGCCGUACUGUAUGCAUCAAAAUCAUAGAAUGAUGUUUUACAUUUUUGCUUGUUAAUUAAUACUUUUGUGAUAAUAUCUUUGUUCUCAUUCAUGGUCCUGUCCUUUAAAACUCUCUUACACUAUGAUGAUAUCAAAUUUUUGUGACCCUCACCUCUGUCCAUUUUAUUCAUGACCCUUCCCUUUAAGGCUCAACCUGUUUUCCCCUUAGGUUGCCUCCCCUUACCUCCCCUUGCUAAUUCCUGGCAGGCCCCUAACAAUGUAGUUUUGGUAAACUAAAGGUCUAAUAUGUAAUAUAUCUCACUACAUUAACAUUAUCCAAUUUCAGUUGACAGUUUCAUCUGAAGAAGUUUUAUAUUUUAUAAUUUAGAUAUUAAAGACACAU